AUGAGUGUGGAUAUUGAGAGAGUUGUCUUAGAAAAUGCCCCUGCAAAUGCCAAGUACACUAGUCCCUUAAUUCAAAAGCAAAUCCUCAAUAUCCUUGGUAACAAAGUAAGGGGCAAGAUCCGAGAUGAAGUUGGGAACUCCAAAUAUUGUAUUCUUGUUGAUGAAGCUAUAGACAUGUCCGUGAAAUACAUUAGAGGUCAAGGAUAUGAUGGUGCUAGUAAUAUGAGGGGAAUUUAUAAUGGGUUACAAGCAUUGUUUCUUGAAGAGUGUCCUUAUGCAUAUUUUGUGCAUUGUUUUGCUCACCAUUUGCAGUUGAGGCAUUCAACAUUGAAAGAUGUGAGAAUAGAGGAAAUUGCUAAUUUGGUUGCUUGUGGGGAACUUCAAACAGGCAGUGGUGCUAACCAAAUUUGUACUUUGCAACGAGCAUGUCCUACUUGGUGGAGCUCACAUUUCCGUUCUAUCAGGAGUUUAAUUGAACUGUUUAGCUCAGUAAAGAAAACUCUUAAUGAUAUGAUUGAUCAAGGAAAUGGAGGACAAGCUAAAGCUAUUCUUGGAGCUUUGAGGUCUUUUGAGUUUGUGUUCUGUUUGCUUCUAAUGAACAAAGUAAUGAAAGUUACUGAUUUUCUUUGUCAGACAUUGCAGCGGAAAUCUCUAGACUUUGUGCAGGCUAUGAGUUUUGUUGGACUUACAAAUUCACUUCUUCAAGAAAUGAGAGAAGAAGGUUGGGAGGAUUUGGUAGGAGAAGUGAAAUCUUUCUGUGAAAAACAUGAUCUUGAUAUGCCUGAUUUGAGUGCUCGAUACAAAUCUGGUACAUGUCGUGAUUGCCAACAAAGGAAUUUCAUUUCAAUUGAACAUCAUUACCAUAUAGAUGUGUUCAAUGUUUGGAUUGAUCUUCAGCUGAGUGAAUUGAAUAGAAUAUUCUCAGACCAAGCAUCAGAACUCCUUAUUCUUAGUUCAACCUUAGAUCCUCGGGAUAACUUCAUGAGUUUUAAAGCUGAAGAUGUUUGCAAUCUUGCCAAGAAGUUUUAUUCUGAAGAUUUUGAUGAUGGUGAAAUGUUUACUCUUCAAUCAGAGUGUGCAUAUUAUGAGAAAGAUUCAAGUGAUCCAAAGUUCCAGAAAUUAGAAUCCAUUGGUGAUUUGUGCCACACUUUGGUUCUAACAAGGAAGUCUGAAUUUUUUCCUAUGCUUUAUAGAUUGAUUUAUUUAGUUUUGACUAUUCAUGUUUCUACGGCAACAACUGAAAGGGCAUCAGCUAUGAACAUCAUCAAGAAUAAACUUAGAAAUAAGAUGGGAGAUGAGUUUCUUGGUGAUUGUAUGGUCCUUCAUAUUGAGAAAGAGUAUGCUGAGUCUAUAGGUAAUGAUGAGGUGAUAAGAGAGUUUGAGGAACUAUCGACUCGUAGAGUUAAAUUUAGAUAA